AUCACACGUGCUCUCGAAAAUAUUAUUGCAGUCAACAUUUGACAGUUGGUGAUAGGGGUGCUACGUUUUAAGAAUGUACGAGUAGCACCGUGUUGUGAAUAAAAAUACCCCGUGAAAGAUAUGUUUUGAAUCCAUCUUUUGCCAGCAACUCCCAGUGUACCAACGGACUUUUGAAAACACGGUGCGCUUUUAUUAAAAGAAGAAAGAAACGGGAAAAGGUGCAUUGGAUGGUGUAUUCUAAGAGCACUGUCACCAACGUCAAAUAGAUCCAGCCUCUGGGUGGUUUUUUAUUCAGAUUAACUUAUUUGGAUCCUAUUUGUUUUUACCAUGUGGUAUGGGAAUAUAUUAGGGUUAAUUUUAACCCAAACAAUAUUUCUUUUGACACCGGUGCGGGGACAAGAUCCAGAUGGGACAAUAGAUUUACUGUCAGCUAUUGGAAUCCCCGAUAGUAAGCGAGGAAUCAGCUACAGCGUAGGGUUGGAUGGGGCUCCAGCAUUCGAGUUCAAAGAAAAUGCUGUUAUUAAGGAACCUGCUCAAGCAUAUUUCAAAGACCAAAUUUAUAAAGACUUUGCCAUUGGUAUAACUGUGAAACCUUAUAAAAGAACUGGUGGAUUUUUAUUCGCAGUGAAAAACCUUUAUAACACUGUGGUACAGUUUGGUGUCGAAUUGACAGGGAACCAGUUGAAGUUACAUUAUACUCUAGAAGCUCGCUAUGCAAAGUCAUCCACUGUCAUCGCUACAUUUGACAUUGGAGAUAUUUAUAAUAAAUGGACCAAACUGUCAAUAAAAGUAAAAGAUAAUGCAGUGACAUUAUAUAAGAAUUGUGCCAAUUUAGGAUCUGUAGCGGUCCAAGGGGGAGGCGGACCAAUGGACGUGGAAGGGGGAGCCAACUUGUAUGUGGGACGGGCAGGGGAUAACUUCAACAAUGUAUUUGCUGGAGCCCUCCAAGAACUGAAAGUAUAUAAAGAGCCAGCUGAAGCCGAGAACUUUGAUUGCGAUGAUCAGCUGUAUGGAAGUGGAUCGGGGUCAUCUGGAGACGACAAAGAUCCGGGCGAGCCUUUUAUUCCUCCAAUCACACCUCCUCCUCCAUCAACUUAUAAAGGGGAGAAGGGUGAGCGUGGGGAACAGGGAUUAAAAGGAGACAAAGGUGACCAGGGCUUACCUGGGCAAACUGCAGGACCGGCAGGUGAUGGAGCCAAAGGUGAAAAGGGUGAUCAAGGAGAGCCAGGAAUUAAGGGAGACAUGGGACUGCCAGGUAUUGAUGGGGCAACUGGGCCACCUGGAGAACCAGGUGUAGAGGGCCCGCCUGGUGCUCCAGGGUCCCCAGGAGAAAAGGGAGAUGCUGGUCUGCCAGGCGAUCCAGGUACUCCAGGAAUUGGAGUUCAAGGUCCUAAGGGAGAACCUGGGGCACCUGCUGUCCUAAACAUGAAAGACAUUGAAGAUUUCAUACAAACUCGUAUCCCAGAAUCAGGAUCCAAUGGUGAAAAGGGAGAAAAAGGAGAUCAGGGAGACAAGGGCGAUACAGGACCUCGAGGCGACACUGGAUUACCUGGAAUACCUGGCGCUGAUGGUCUUAUAGGUCCUAUGGGACCUGAUGGUCUCAAGGGUGAAACAGGUGACUCUAUUGUGGGCCCUGCUGGACCACCAGGAAAAGACGGAAAACCAGGUGUACCAGGACUAAAGGGAGACUCAGGAGAGAGAGGAGAGCCCGGUCUCAGAGGUCCUCCGGGGCCUCCUGGGCUGGCUGUUGAGGGAUCAGGGAACGGUGAAAGCAUUCCUGGUGAGCCAGGUCUUCCUGGGACCCCAGGGCAGAAGGGAGACAGGGGAGAACCAGGACCUCAGGGUAUUAAAGGAGAGCCUGGAACUUUUGACGGUGACAUCAAUGAUCUGAUUGGACCAAGGGGCCCAGCAGGGGAGCCAGGUCUUCCUGUGAGUGUAUACAAGGAGUACCUGGAUCGGCAGGUGUUCCUGGAAAGGAAGGACCUGAGGGACCUCCAGGACUCAAGGGUGACCGUGGAGAUCCAGGCCUACCAGGAGUUGAGGGACGACCCGGAUCUGAGGGACCAGCUGGAGUUCCAGGUGACAGUGGACCUCGUGGUCUGCCAGGUGCCCAAGGUUUGCCAGGUACGCCUGGUCAGCCAGGGCUCCCAGGGCCCCCAGGAACCUGUUCCCCGUCCUCAAGACGAGGAGACACUGGCAUUACAGGGCUGGGUGAUGAUGAUCUGGUUAGUGUACAUUGACCUCACUCAGCAGGGAGAAGUAGGAAGAAAUGGGGCACAGGGACCCCAGGGUGAGACAGGUGCAAUGGGAUCUCCAGGUCUACCAGGUGUGUCAGGUGAACCAGGCCUCCCAGGAUUACGAGGAGAAAAGGGUCAGAAAGGAGAGGAGGGAGUGGGUAUCCCAGGUAAAGAUGGAAAAGAUGGUGCAGAAGGACCCCCGGGACCUCCUGGUCCACCAGGACCUCCAGGACAAUCUAUCAGCAUUGUCGAUCCAGGGUCAGGGGGCGGAGAAGUAAUAGAGGGAGCACAGGGUCCUAAGGGAGAGAAGGGAGAUGCAGGUCUAGUGGGCACUCAAGGUAUUGCUGGUCUGCCAGGUGUUGAUGGAAUGAAGGGAGACAGAGGUGACAAGGGGGAUAAGGGGGAUGUCGGCGACACCGGAAUUCAGGGUCUCACUGGUAACAAAGGAGAUAAGGGAGACACAGGACCUGUUGGACCUCCCGGUCUUCCUGGGGCAGGAAGUGGGGGAUCAGUGUCGGGUGUGAAAGGGGAACCAGGAGAGCCAGGAGUACCUGGUAAUCCAGGACCUCAAGGUCCUAUAGGACCUCGAGGAUUGCCUGGACGCAAGGGAGACAUAGGAAUGCCAGGGAUACCGGGUCGCAUAGGUUUCAGAGGAAGGAAAGGUGAUCGUGGAUUUGGACCCCGAGGAUUUAAAGGUGAUAAAGGAGAUUCAGGUGCCCCUGGACCUCCUGGACCAGGUCUUGGUUCAAGUGGAGAAAUCAUCAGAGGAGCCAAGGGAGAUCGUGGGGAGAGAGGAUUACCUGGACUCCCAGGAACAGGUGUUCGAGGAGAAAGAGGUUUACCAGGGGCCUCAGGACCUAGAGGCUUCCCAGGCCUUCCUGGUGCGAAGGGUGAUCAAGGAGAUCCUGGUAAGAAGGGAGAGCCAUCCUACAUCCAGGGGCCGCCUGGACCCCCAGGUACCCCCGGCACCCCGGGGUACAGUCAAGGGGGUAACGGAAACGGCAAAGGACUUGUUACUUUUAAAGACUUCAACAACAUGCUGUAUGCAGCUAAAAAUCUUGAAGUUGGAACAAUGACUUUUACUCUGAAAGAGGAAGAGAUCUAUGUACGAGUGACGGAUGGAUUCAAACAGAUUCAGGGUAGAAAAAUAUCGCUGAGCUCUAAUACCAUCAAACUUCCUUCAGAAAAACCUGUGACCACCCCUAAGCCAGUUCCUCUUCCUGGUCCUGACAGUGUGAUGCAGGCCGACCAGCCCAGGUUGUACAUGUAUGCCUUGAAUACGCCCAAGAACGGAAAGCUGCGGGGUCUGACCGGGGCCGACUACGCCUGUUAUAAGGAAGCCUACUACUCUGGCAUGCACGGAAGAACCUUCAGGGCUUUCCUGGCCUCCAAAACCCAAAACCUUUACUCCAUUGUCUCCGACAGGAAUAUUCCUAUUGUGAACAAAAAUGACACAAUAAUCUUCAGCUCUUUUAAUGACCUGUUACGAACUGGAGGAAGAUUUAACAGGAAUGUUAAGAUCUAUACAUUCGAUGGAGAAGAUGUUAUGUCAAGUCCUAAAUGGCCGGAGAAGAUGGUCUGGCAUGGCGCUGAUAGCCAGGGUAACAAGAUGAACGACAAAGAAUGCUCCGACUGGCGCUCAGACAGUCCAAACCGGGUCGGAUAUGCAGGCUCGUUAAACGGGGGCAAAUUAGUGGACAUGCAUGAAGCCAGCUGCCGUAAAGAGCUGAUUGUGCUCUGUAUUGAGGUUUUACCAAAGUCACUUCUCGCUGGUCGAGAUUUCUAUAAAAUACUUGGAGUGUCAAAGAAUGCUAAGCUUAAUCAGAUUAAAAAAGCUUAUAGAACACUAGCUAAAGAGCUUCAUCCAGACAAGAACCCAGGUGAUGAAGAUGCAAACAAGAGAUUCCAGGACUUGGGGGCAGCCUAUGAAGUAUUAUCAGAUGCAGAAAAGAGGAAGAUUUAUGACAAACAUGGAGAGGAGGGCUUGAGUAAAGGGGAUGUUGGAGGAGAUCCAUUCUCCAGCUUCUUUGGAGAUUUCAGUUUCUUUGGAGGGGGUGGGGGAAACAGGGACCGAGAAAUUCCCCGGGGUGGGGACAUUGUAAUGGAUCUAGAUGUCACAUUAGAAGAGCUGUACAGUGGUAACUUUGUCGAAGUUGUCCGAUACAAACCUGUAGCAAAACCAGCUAAAGGAACCAGGAAGUGUAACUGUCGGACAGAGAUGGUGACACAGCAGCUGGGACCUGGCCGAUUCCAAAUGACACAGCAACAAGUGUGUGAUGAUUGUCCAAAUGUAAAAAUGGUUCCUGAGGAGAAACUUUUGGAAAUUGAGAUAGAACCAGGGAUGAGAGAUGGUCAAGAAUAUCCAUUUGUAGCUGAAGGUGAGCCUCAUAUUGAUGGUGAACCUGGAGAUCUUAGAUUUAAAAUCAAGCAACAAAAGCAUAGAAGAUUUGAGAGAAAGGGAGAUGAUUUAUAUACAAAUGUUACAAUCUCUCUCAAGGAUGCCCUAGUUGGAUUUGAAAUGGACAUUCAACAUUUAGAUGGUCACAUGGUACAUGUAGUUCGUGAUAAAAUAACUUGGCCCGGUGCCAGAAUGAGGAAACCCGGAGAAGGCAUGCCGAAUUACGAGAAUAACAACGUUAAAGGACAGCUAUUUAUAACUUUUGAUAUAGACUUCCCCAAAGGGACCCUCACAGAAGAAGAAAAAGAAGCAUUAAUAAAAAUUCUGAAGCAAGAUUCCAAACAAGUGGUGUACAAUGGACUUCAAGCUAGUAUGUUUGCGUGAUGAAAGUGCAGCGUAGGAUUCUCAUUCAACGAAAUGUCAUCAUGUUUAUUUAUAGCCGUAAAAUCUGGGUGAUCUCUGUGAGGGGGCACCCCUCCCCCUCUUCUUACUAUUUUUAUGCACAAUCACCAUGGUUAAAAUGUUUAAUCAUGGUUUUGUUAAUUCUGAAGUAUUUGUCAUUCAGUUAUUCCUCCUAUGUAUGUUUGAUGUUAUUUAGAUUUUGAAGUUUGAUUGUGUAUGUGUUAUUACACUGUGCUUUAAAACUGAUGCAAGACAAGUUUUGUGUGUAGACUAUAUUAUAUACAUUUUCUCACUCUUGCAUUAUUUUUGUCAUGGAAAAUAUGUAUGAACUAGGAAACAUGUUGCCAGACUGAAAAAAAGAUCGUUUUUUAUAAUUGUGUAUGGGAUCAAUGUUCAAGAGUAGUUGAAACUUAUUUGAUUGUAUGGUAUUUUUUUGUGAGUAACUGUUCCAGUAAAUGUAUGUCUUUUUUAAGAUAAUACAAAGUGUGGAAGAAUGUACUUCAUGGGCAAGAUGCAUCCAUGAAAUACAUGAAUACUGAGCCACCACAUGUAAUGAUGAUUCUACAGUUUUCAACAAAUACCAAUUAUAAAUACUCGUCAAGAUUUUUUUUACUUUAUUUCUGAUCAUUUUUUUGUUUAUGGAAAGUACAAUUUUGUCUCAAAUUGUGUACAUUUAACUAAAUCAAAAGGGUUUUUCUCUUAAAGUUCUUUAACUUUUUCAAAAUAUGCAUGUUUUUACAUCAUGAAUAGAUCAAAUGGUUUUGUUGAUCUAUUUAGAACAAUACAAAAACAAUUUUGUGAGAUAUUGCAAUGCAUUUAUCAGCUGCAGUUGAUGCACAUAAAUAGAGGUUGAAUAGUUUAUUUGUACAGGUAAAUGUAUAAAAGCAUAAACUGUCUGAACUCAAUAUGUAAAAUAAGGUAGCUGUUAAAUUUCUUCAUUUUGUUUAGAUUUAUCUGGUACAAGUGGACUUAAUUUAUUUAAAAAAUCACAGAAGCUAGGUCAAAGUUAGGACAGAAAUAAGGCAAAUACUUACCCCACACUGUUUUUAUUCUUACAUUGUCUCUUUCUAUUGGUAGGAAAUUAGUCCCCCCCCCCCCCCUUCCUAGUUCUGAUGCCUUCGUGUUGUAUUUUUACAUAUACAAUUCCAUAUUUUUUCUCAAUUUAUGUACAUGUAUGUGAGGCUUUACAAAAAGAAAUUAAAUUGCGGUCGUGCGAUGGAGAAUGACUGACGUAGUAGAGAUAAGUAAUUUCCUGUAUUAUUUCUAUUUACACUGUUUGAUAUGGAGAUAUUUUAAGUUUGAGGAAACUCUGUUGUAUUUGUGGGUAUCGUAUAAUAAAGAGAAAUCUAUAUUA